GAUAAAGAACCUAGUGGAAAAUUGUCUAUUACUGCAACACCACAGACACCAAUGAUGCUAAACAAUGGAACUUUCCCAAAAGCAAGUAAUGUCACUGACUGGGACAAACGGGAGCUGGAGCACCAGAAAACGAAAGUAUUACAAUUAGAACUUCAGCUGUAUCGCCGAGACAAGCUCAUAGAGAAGCUUGUAGACAAAGUAAAACAAUACGACAAGUCAUUUAGUUUGGGACAGGACAUCAGUAUGGUGGCAUACUUAGAUGAGAACUGGUCAGCAGUUAUAAUUCCAGCCAACGAUACUGACCCAAGUACAUCACCUUCAAAUACAACUACGGCCUCAGAAGAAACAGAAACAGCAACAGUUUCGUCACAGUUUUGCAGUUAUACCUCUUCAAUGAGUGAAAUGUUUGAAUCUUCAUGAUUUUAUAAAAAAAAAAGUUGUUAUAUUAUACUCUAUCAAAAUAA